AUGCUCUGUGGACCCAAUUUAUUAGAGAUAUCAGCUGGGACUCUGGUGACACAGCUGAUAUCUCUGAUCAGCUGGGUCUUCAGCACAUGCACAGAAGGCAGCAUCUGGCCUAAUUACAAACGCUUCUCCUAUCAGAACGUGCUGGAGCUCAGUGUCUACGAUGAGGAUGUCUGCCAAGAUGAACUUCUCUUCACUGUGUGCUUUGAUGUAGCUGGACUCCCAAUGAACGAAAAAGUUCUCAUGUGCUUUAACUGCAAUCCAAAGGACCAUGAGGAGCUGGAGAUAGAGUUUGAGUUACAAAACAGUUCAAGGGUCCUCGAAACUAUCAUUACGAAUGGCGUUCUUCUGUCCCGCCAAGUUUGCUGUUUGGAAUGUGAGGUGGAGAAGAAAAAGGCAAAAAAAUCAAAACAAAGACUGGCUCUUACAGUGAAAGGAUCCUAUGAAAGACACCGGGAGUUCAAUUUUGGCUCUAACUUCUGCCUGAGGCCAACGUGUCAGACCACAUUCCACUAUGUCAAAUAUAAACAUCAAACCCUUGACAUUAAACUACCAAAGAAGGGCCUAGAUUAUGCCAUUGGCCGAUGUUCCUAUAAUAAAGAGGAAAGACCCUUAAAAGUGGAAAUUAAUUCAAUUCCUAGAAGCAAGAACAUAGUACUAGCAGAGAGUAAUACAUUUGCUUUGCAUGUGAAGACAGAAGACUGUCAGAGAGGCCUCGAUGUUCGCUUGGAAUGUGACCUUUGUCCCCAGGAAAAGGAAUUCUUGAACAAAAGGAAGAUCAUUGUUGCUGAUGGUUUCAAAAAGGUUCUUGGACUAGAAAAGGACCUACAAGAUCACGAGGUUCCAGUUGUGGCAAUUAUGACAACAGGGGGCAGUACAAGAUCACUAACGGCAUUGUAUGGAAGCCUACGAGGUCUUCAGAAAUUAAAUCUCUUAGACUGUGCAACAUACAUUAGUGGUUUAUCUGGAACAACAUGGACUAUGGGAAAUUUGUACAGAGAUGCUUAUUGGUCAAAAAAGGAUCUGAAUGAGCAAAUUAAGGAGGUUAAAAGGCAUGUAACUAAAAGCAAACUGGACUGCUUUUCUGCAGAGCGUCUGAAAUAUUACAACAGACAACUGCGUCUAAGGAAAGAAGAAGGACACAAGACAUCUUGUAUAGAUCUAUGGGGGCUUAUUAUUGAAUAUGUAUUAAAUGAUGGGAAAGACAACCACAAACUCUCAGAUGAACAGCAAGCAGUGAAUGAGGGUCAGAAUCCUUUACCAAUCUACACUGCAAUCAAUGUGAAAGAGAAGUACAGCACCAUGGAUUUCAGCGAAUGGAUGGAAUUCACACCAUAUGAAGUGGGGAUAUUAAAAUACGGAGCUUUUGUUCGAGCUGAAGAUUUUGGCAGCGAAUUCUUUAUGGGACGUCUGAUGAAGAGGCUUCCAGAGACUCGAUUCUGUUACAUGGAAGGCAUGUGGAGUAGUAUCUUUUCCCUAAAUCUCCUGUAUUUCUGGAAUAUAUCUCACAGUUCAGAGGAAUUUUGGCACAGGUGGACACGAGACCAAAUAACUGAUAUAGAUGAAACGCCUUGUUUACCCACUAGACCACAUGAGCAAAAGACACAUUUGUACACACCUGGAGGACCUUUCUCCAGUGCUCUUAGAGAUGUGCUUACUGAUCGCCUAUCUGUUGCCCAGUAUCACAAUUUUAUCAGAGGUCUUCAGCUGGACAAUAACUAUUUGAAGAAUGAGACAUUCUGCAGAUGGAAAGACACUGUACUUGACUCAUCUUCACCCAAUAAGCUGACCCAAACAGAAGAAUACUUGUCUCUAGAAGAUACUGGAUUCUUUAUAAAUACUAGCGCAACACCUCUGCUGAGACCAGAGAGGAAGGUGGAUGUCAUCAUCCAUUUAAAUUAUAGUGCAGGAUCACAAUCAUUGCCUCUGAAGCAAUCGUGCAAAUAUUAUGCCGAACAAGGAAUCCCAUUUCCCAAAGCUGUGCUGCAUGAAGAUGAUGAACAUUUAAAGGAAUGCUAUUUAUUUGAAGAUGCAGAGAAUCUGGAAGCACCAGUAUUACUGUUUUUUCCACAAGUGAAUGAUACCUUUCGCUAUUACAAAGCACCUGGUGUAAAACGUUCUGAAUCCGAAAUGAAAUAUGGUGAUGUUGAUUUCUCCAGUAAUUGUAGCCCUUAUUCUACAUAUUCCCUGACGUUCAGCAAAGAAGAGUUCGAUCAACUAGUGGACCUGAGUGAAUACAAUAUUCUGAACAACCAACAUCUGAUCCUAAAGGCCUUGCAUAUAGCAGUGGAACGGAAAAAAGUACUUAAGAAAUAA